UUUUCUGUUGAGUAUUUCGCCCCUUUCCUUUCUUUGGGGCUCGAAACCUUCGCAUCGGGAGUACGUCUCUGCAUCUCCUUGCCCUCACACUUCAGCACCAGAACUAUCUCCACGAAAAUUGAGCUUGGUCACGUGAUAACAAGACAUUCCCAUCCACGGCCGCACUCCUUUCGCCAACUUCGUGAGAGUAAUCUCGGUUCUGAUCUUCUGAUUUUUCUCCACAGUCAAUAAUUCUUACCUACCUAUUCUUGAAUAUGCAAAUUACUAUCACAAAACGUCUCGUGUACCUGGGCUCGCUGGUCUCCAUAUAAAUACCUGCUUUCCCCCACCCAAAAAAAGCAAGGCCAAGGUUCAAAACACAGGCUACCAUGGCAAACCAUUGGAUAGGACGGAUCUCCUCCCAUCCAAUCCCCACGUCAGAUAACCAUGGAACCUUGGAUCAAGGAGCUUGCUUCAGGCUAUUUGUCUAACCUGUUGUACUCGUACCCUGUAUUUCCCAAAGAAAACAAUUACCUACCCCUUAAAUCUACUACUCUAUCUCUCCUGCACUCCGUAUCGACCCAUCUACCCAUCUAUGAGGCUCUGCUCCGCUCCGACCUAGUACGAUACACAUCUAAACACAAUCCAUUCAUUUCAUCCAUUCAUUUGUACCUCCGUACACAAAGACACCCAAACCAUUAUCUAUACACAUACCCUACCUACCACCGCACCCUUGGAAAUCGUAGAAACGGAUGCUAUGGAAUCAACAAGCCCUACGCCUACGAUUCCUGGUGCUUCGCCUACACUCCCGACUCCCCUCACGCGAGCAGGUGCUAGUUACGCCGUCACUACGGGGGACUUACCUGCUCAUCGACCUUUGGGGCAAUUUUUGCUUUUAGGUGCGGUGUAUAUUCUUGUAUCCCCCAUCCUCAUCCUCGACCAUCAAUUCGAUAUUCAAUCAUAGCAAAGCUCUGAGUAUAAUAAUUGUACUAAUAAAGUUCUGUAUUCUUUAGGAGAUAGUCUAACGCAAGAAGCUCAUCGACAGAAAGAUGGGUUUGGAAUGGGUGCUGAGUUGCAGAAUGGUUUGUUUGAUUUCCCUUCCCCCUCUGUCUCUCCUAUCUCCCCUCCCUUGAGUUUUCUGUUUCUCUUUGAAUUUUUGGGGGUUGUUAUUUGUAUUGGUUGUACGGUUGUGAUAAAAAGGAUCAAUUGUAAGAGGGUCGUUGUGAGAGCUAUACUAACGAUACGUGUGUUAGCGUAUAUUAGACGGUUUGAUGUUAUUAAUCGGGGAUUUUCGUAGGUGAAAUUCCUGGUUUGGUUUUUCACUUACUUGAUCAUUUCCUUACUUCCCUCACCAUCACGCAUUCAUAACACUAUUCUAGCAUCUCACUAGCCUAUCAUUUCACUCGUUACUUUCCUCUUCCCCAUCACUUACCUCAUCACUCACUCCCCAUUAAACCUUUUCCUCUCCCCCACUACUCACUCAGACAUAUCACUAUUCUAGCAUCUCACCCCCCCUAUCACCCUCCCACUAUCUCGCUUUUCUCCUCUCUCACUCCACCAAAGAAGACAGAAGACAGAAAAUAAAAGAAGACAAAAACAUACUAACAGAGAGAAAUAGAGGUUACAACACCGACCACAUCCUCCUAAUCCUCCAAGACAUAAUCCCCACACCUCAACAAGCUCAUAUAAAAUUCCUCGUAUGACCCUUCCCUUUCCCCCUCCAUCCCCUUCUUCUGCUCUCCCCCACACCCUCUCCACACAACUCACCCCUCCACCCAAAAACAAACCCUUCUCACAAACACCUCAGACCAUCUGGCUUGGCGCAAACGACUCCAACCCCCUCGGUACCAAUCCCCCGCAACACGUCCCACUCUCCCGUUUCCGCUUCAACCUCAAUGAUAUCAUCUCCAAUCGCGCCGUCACAGCGCAUAUCCCGGGUGGGCUGGAGGUGGUUUUGAUUACGCCGCCGCCGGUGGAUGGUGGGUUUGUUCUUUUAUUUUAUCUCCUUUUCUUUGACUUGAGUUCGGGGGGGGGAGAAGGGGGUUGUGAGGUGUCAGGUGUGAGGGGAGGGUUAUGAGAGAUGAAGUAAAGAUACUGAUUUGUGAUGGUAACAGAGUAUUUACUAUCCCAAAACUUCACCGGAGAAAGGAAAGAGGGGAGGAGCGUAGAGGGUGCUAGGGAGUAUGCUGAGUAUGUUAUUUCCUCUUGAACCCCCUUCUCCAUCAUUAAAACCUUCAUUCUCCCCUUCUCAUCCCCUUUUCUUUCCUCCUCAAUAAAGAAACGAAGGACAAGAAAAGAAUGAGAUUUUGCUAAUGAGCGAUGGUAUAGGGCAGUAAAAGAAGUAGGCUCCAUAACCGGCGUCCCCGUCGUAGACAUCUGGACAGCAUUCAUGCGCAAAAUCGGCUGGGAAGAGAGCUCUGCUGCCUCUAUCCCUAUCCCUGGGAAAUCAGAAGAUGGUGGAAAAGCUGGGUUGGGAUUAUUACUCUCGGAUGGUAUUUAACCCCCCAUUUUACUCCCCCCCCCUCCUAUAUCUACCCCUCCACUCAUACCCCCCUUUUCCCCUUCCCCUGUUACCUCCCACAAUUUCCAUACACUACUACCUCAAGACUCAGGACUAAGCAAAACAGGCCUCCACCUCACCNCCACUCAUACCCCCCUUUUCCCCUUCCCCUGUUACCUCCCACAAUUUCCAUACACUACUACCUCAAGACUCAGGACUAAGCAAAACAGGCCUCCACCUCACCCCCCAAGGUUACAGACUAGUCUACGACGAACUUAUCAAAGUGAUGAAAGAGAGGUUCCCAAUGUACCCACCUUAUACCAUGCCUUUUUCUGUGAAGGUUCCUUGGGAGGCGGCGAGGGGGGGAGGACAUUGGGAUGUUGUUGUGCAGAAGGGGGAUGUUUUGAGGGGUGUGGAGGAGGAUGAAGUAAAGUGA